CAACUACAACCUCAGGUCUGAAAUCUGAACGGUCACAUCGCUCGAUGAAUCCCGAGGCCGAAGUCACCCUUUGCAUGCGGAUCCUGACGAAACUCUAGCGGUUGAUGAAGAGUUCCACUCUGCGGUAGCGAUGUUGACGAAGUCCGUUUCAUCGAUAGGGCUGUAAUGCUGGAUUGGCCAUGUCUCAGAGAUUUGGUGUUGGAAGUGCAAGGUCUUGUGGCGGCAUUAGGGACAAUUAAGCAUCGGCAUGUUCGCUCAACGCGUGUCGCCACCAAAAUGAAUUGCAUCGAGUUGCGCGAGAUGAUGGCUUCGAGGCCUCGCCGCGCCGUUGCAUCGGACUUGAUGCAUUGCCCAUCUGCCGAUGUCAAGCAAACCUUAACGCCUCUGGGAUCACGGGCGUUGAUGGCCACUCACGUGCUGGCCCGCAGAAGGAUUCCAGUCGCGCGUCGGAUUGAUUGGAGUGUUGAGUGCCUGUCUCAGUCAUGCCUCAAGUGGACGUUGCUUCUGUCGUUAUGUAGCUCUGCCCAAACGGGAAGGCAUAGGAAUGCUUAAUGCCCGUCCGUAGUGCUCACCUCCAGGACUCACAGCGCAAUUGCAGGAGGAUCUCGAAAGCAAUCAAUAUCCUCGCCAUUACCCUGCGUGCGUGCCUGCCUUGUGGUUUGAGUUCUCA